AUGACUGCCUCAAUUCAAUCCGCUAAUCUUCCAAUUGAACCGCGCCCUUCUCCCAUUUCCAAACCAACCACCAAUUCAAACUUCCCAAUCACUCACCUACCCACAGAUAUCCUCCUCACUCUCUUCCGUCUAAUACCAUCUUCACAAGCACUCUCCGCUCUUUCCCUCUGCUCCCGCCAAUUCCACCACUACAUCACUCCCUACCUGUACUCGCACUUCCUCCACCUCGGCGAUACAUGUACUUCCCUCCCCCAUUUCCUGCACACCAUUCUCCAUAAUCCCCACUACGCACUCUACACUAAAACCUUCACUUGCAACGCCCUCCUAGGCUACAAAACCGACAUCUCCAUCUCCAAUUUCUCCCCCUCCGACCUUGUCCUCCUGAAAUCCCGUCUCAAAUCCAUCUACACCCUAGAAGACGGCUCACGCUCCCCAUUCUUUGGCUCCCACAUCACCUCACAAUGGUACAAUUUUAUCCUACAAGGAAACUGGGAUGCCAUCGUCGCAUUCAUCCUCUGUCUCCUCCCUAAUCUCCAAUCUCUCAAUAUAAUCAACCACGCGAGCGGUUGUCCUUACGGAUAUCCCUAUCUCGAAACCGUGCUGAACCGAGCGACAACUUUACAAAAUCAACGACUUCGCGAUCCCACCCGCAUAGUUCAGCCACAAGCAUAUUCAUUCCCGUAUUUACGGUCUUUGCAUUUGGCAAAACACGAUACUAUACAUUAUCCCCGCAUGGGAUUUGAGAUUCUGCGUGCCCUCCCUUUUUUAGCCAUUCCCUCAAUACGAGAAGUCGAUACACACAUGCUUUCGGAUUAUAAUUUUCCAUUCUCCGUUUUGCCAUCUUCUCUUUCUUCUUCUUCCCCUACUCAACACGCGCUAAACCCAUCUCCAAUAACACCCUUCACACUCUCAACCUUUUACUCUCCUCCCCUUCCCAAUUUCACCUUCCACAUCACUCAUCUCCACCUCUCUCACACGGUUCUUCGACAGGAUUCCUUGAUCCCAUUUUUCAGCUACUUCAAAUUCCUCAAAUCUUUACAAUGGGAAUGGGAUUACGAUACUCAAAUCGGGGAAAGAGAAGGAUUGGAAUUUUCAUUCGAUUUAAAUCAUUUUCUGCAUUCGAUCACACAUUUGAGAGACAUUCUCGAAGUUUUGAGACUUCACGUUUCUGAAUCAUCAUCAUCAUCAUCAUCUGCAGAGAUUCACGAUAGAAGCGAGGAGGAAGAAGAUGAUGAAGAAAGAGAAGGAAAUGAGUAUCAUCAACAACCACAUGACAAUUACGACAACGAGAGCGAAGAAUACCAUUCCAUCCUCACCCACCUCUCGCACUUUACAAAAUUGCAAAUUCUAAACAUCUCCGCAAAUCUACUGCCCGCUCCUCAAUUCAAAACCACCUCGACUUCUAAUUUCCAACUCCGAAUCUCCAUCUCAAGCUCAGGCUCAGGCUCAGGCUCAGGCUCAACUUCCGAAUCAGACGAAACCGAAACCGAGAUCGAAGAUCCACACGACUCCCUCUCAUUACCCAAAAGCAAAGAAAAUACACACCUCACCUCCACCUCCACCUCCACCUCCACCCCCAACACCCCUCAAUCUCACGAAAAAGAUAAUUUCUCACUCUCACCCCCCUGUGAAACCUGCGCUCACCACGCCUCUCGCGCCUAG